AGGCUAAAAUAUUUGUAUGAUGAAUAAUAUUAUUGUAACUAUAAGGUACAAAUGCACUUUGUGUGGUUGUUCGCUUUUCAAUUUGAUUUCCGGAAGUAACUUUUUUUUCUGCCUCAAACUUCCGACGAAUUGUUUACGACGAGAACGUUUACCGCUUUUGUCAAAUUAACGUCAGAGUUGAUUUUUCGAAGCAGUUUAUGAAAAUUAACAUAGCAGGUUAGCGUAAUUUUAUUGGCAUUGUUGUGCAUUUGGAUCCCUUCUAACCAUUACCAACUGAUUUUGUUAUAUAUGAUAUGGCGCUACCGGCUGUCAAUCGUGCGCUCUUUGCUAAUAGGAGUCAAAUAAAACUAUUUAUUUCAGAGGUCUUACGCAACCUGUCAUUAAGUAGCCGAUUCAAUUUUAAGACACAAUCAUUGCAAUGUCUGAAAACGGUGACUUCUCAAUCUAAUGUUGUUACGGUGCACAGAAGGUCACAGCUAUACCGGCGGAUAUGCGAAAGCAAUGGGGAUGAAAAUAGUCGUGCUACGAGUAACUGGACUUAUGCAAUGUGGAGUGCAAUUGCGUUUUCUCUCUUCAGCAAAGCUGAGGAGGACACCAGAACUGAGGCUCAGAAGAAAGAAGAUGAGAUCAUUUUACUUUUGAAGAGAGCCAAGCUCAGUAUAAUGCGUGGGCAGCUGCAUGGAGCCAAUGGAUUCCUUCACCAGGCAAUUGCGCUGGCCCACCAGUCUCGCAAUACACAAGCAAUCAUCUACACCUACAGCCUGAUGGCAAACCUUGCCUAUGUCCAAGGUGAGCUGGAUAAUGCAGAGAAACUGUUCAAAGCGGCCAUGAGUUUCAUGUUGUCCGGAGGAACACCAGAGGACGACAAUGGGGUCAUUGAGAUGUCCUUGAAGCUUGCUACCAUAUAUGCCGGCCAGAAUAAGAAUGAUCUGGCAGAGACUGGUUUCCAGUUUUGCACUGAAUCCCUUGAAGCCAAGUUAGAGAAAUUCAAGGAACUUCCCGCUGAGGAACAGUCAGAGGAGUUGCGGAUGGAGACCCGGCUGCUGCUGGGCCUGACCUUGGACUCCCACGCUCGCUACAUGGCCGCCACACACCACCUGAGCCGGGCGGCACUGGACUACAAGCGAGCCCUACUGAUCUGCCAGGAAGAGCAGGGAGAGACCCACCCACAGUCGCUGGUGCUGCUGAGUGACCUGGCCACCAUCCUGGACCUGCAGGGCCGCCACGAUGAGGCCCUGCCCCUGGUAAAGCAGGCCGUGGAGCUGAGCAGAGAAGCCGGGCACCCUGACCAGCACGUGUUGUUGGGAAACAUGGCAGGCGUCCUACUGCACAAUGGUCUGUUUGAGGAGUCAGUGAAGCUGUACAAGGAGGCCCUGGCUCUGGCCCAGUCUGCAGGAGAUGAAGAAGCAGUAGAGCAGAUCCGGGAGGGGCUGAAAGAGGUGGGCAACAGGAGGAAAGCAAAGAAGGCGGAAACAGAAGCCCCCAAGACUGAGACCGACUGACCAGUUGGAUCAACCAAACAAAUAUUAACACAACCCCAAGCCAUCUCUGAACAUUUCUGUUUGCAAAUCUGAAGGGACUGAAAUUAGAUGGGUCAUGUAUGCACAAGAUACGGAGCACAUGGCUUAUACAGUAGCUCAGGAGGAGGAGAAGGAGAAAUGCAAUAACACAAUCACACUGUUUAAGACAACAGUUUAUCUUUCUAUGGGCAUGCAACAAUCUCAUCUGUGAAACGCUGUAAUGUGUUGUCUGUAUUGUGUGAAAUCUCUCUCCAAUGAGGUAUUCUUUUGUUGUCAGAUUGGCUCAAGAUGUAAGGGGAAAGACUCUGAGCUAAAAUAAGUAAGACAAAGCCGGAAUUCAGUCAAAGGUAUGUUGUUCGACAAGCGUAUUGCACAUUUACUUUUAAAUUGUUGCUCCUUUAUAUUUACGCUUGAGACAACAUCCGCAGCGUUUAUCAUGAAUGCGAUCUCUUUACGAACGUCGGGGAAAAUGCAAUUUGUUGACAAUCCGCUUUUGAUUGAAUCCCAGCCUGAAUAAUGGCAUCUUAGGAGAAUGGCAAGUCAUGUGAAUGACUAUAAAUAAAACUGUGUAAGACAUGUACAAUUUAUGUGUAUACAACACAAUAAUUUCAUACAGACUUGAAGGUGACAUGGGACUUAACUGUCAGCUUCAAGAGUAAAAUGCCAAAUCAGUAA